GAACCAAAAAAGGUUAUAGAGGCUGCUUCGCACUGUCUCAUUCAGUUCCUUUGCGGUCCUCUUCUUCAGCCAGACCAAAGCGGUUCCUCACAACCUGUGGCACCAGAGCAUCUUGGGUGUGUGGCGAUGGAAGAGUUGGAUGCUUUAUUGGAGGAAUUGGAACGCUCUACCCUCCAGGACAGUGGUGAAUACUCCAACCCUGCCCCUCUUCCCAAGGACCAGUAUUCCAGAAAAGACAGUGCUGAGACGUCAGACAGCCCCUCUGCUCAGGAUGACACAAGCCCCUUGCAGGUGCAGCUCGUGUAUACUACUAAUAUCAAGGAGCCCCACGUCUACAGUGACAUCCAAGAGCCAAAUGAAUCACUGCCACAUUCCAAAACCUCAGCAGCUGCUCAGUUGGAUGAGCUCAUGGCCCACCUGUGUGAAAUGCAGGCCACGGUGGCAGUGAAAGCAGAUGCCAGCAAGAAGUACUUACCAGACAAGCAGGAUCACAAGGUCUCCCUGGACUCAAUGCUGGGGGGAUUGGAGCAGGAAUUGCAGGACCUUGGGAUUGCCACAGUGCCCAAGGGCCAUUGUGCUUCCUGCCAGAAAUCGAUUGCUGGAAAGGUGAUCCAUGCUCUAGGGCAAGCAUGGCAUCCAGAGCACUUCAUCUGUAGUCACUGCAAGGAAGAGAUUGGCUCCAGUCCCUUCUUUGAGCGCAGUGGUUUGGCCUACUGCCCCAAGGACUACCACCAUCUGUUUUCGCCACGCUGUGCUUACUGUGCUGCUCCCAUCCUGGAUAGAGUGCUGACGGCAAUGAACCAAACCUGGCACCCAGAGCACUUCUUCUGCUCUCACUGUGGAGAGGUGUUUGGUGCAGAAGGUUUUCACGAGAAGGACAAGAAGCCAUAUUGCCGAAAGGAUUUCUUAGCCAUGUUCUCACCCAAGUGUGGGGGCUGCAACCGCCCGGUGUUGGAAAACUACCUUUCAGCCAUGGACACUGUCUGGCACCCAGAGUGCUUUGUUUGUGGGGACUGCUUCAGCAGUUUCUCCACUGGCUCCUUCUUUGAACUAGAUGGACGUCCAUUCUGCGAGCUCCAUUACCAUCAUCGCCGAGGAACACUCUGCUUUGGGUGUGAGCAGCCCAUCACCGGCCGCUGCAUCAGUGCCAUGGGCCACAAGUUCCAUCCUGAGCACUUCGUCUGUGCUUUCUGCCUGACGCAGUUGUCGAAGGGAAUCUUUAGGGAACAGAAUGGCAAGACCUAUUGUCCACCCUGCUUCAAUAAGCUCUUCCAAAUAUAAUCUCAGCUGAACCCACAGCCCCUCCAGAUCCUCUUUAACAUUUAAACCGAGAGAGGAAAGAGUACAUUUGCUGUUACUGACCUUCUGCUCAAUAGGCUUAAGAGAAAGUGAAGGUGAUGAACAAAGAAUGUUAGGCUUGUAGCCUUAAGUUUCAGAUUUCUAGUCUUAUUUUUUUUAAUUGGGUACUUGGAUUUAGAUCUGGAGCCUGCUAGCUAGUGCCUCUGCAAAUAUAUUUUCCACAUGCACACAUUCAUUUCAUAACUGGUUUUCUCAGAUUUCUCCAUUUUCACCCCUAUGAUGGCCCUGCUCACAUCUAAUCUCCUUUUCAAGUUUCCAUAUUUCCAUGUGACUCAGUUCCCCACAAUUGUGGUUGUGGACUUUAUCCUUGCUGUCAGGAAUCAUGAUAGCACUCUUAAGCUCCUUGCAUCUCCUUUCAGUGUAUUUCUCUUUUUCAAGAGGUAUUAGAUUUUAACUGGACAAAUUUGAGUGCUGACAUAAUUGACAAAGUGGCUUGUGUGUGUUUUAAAUAUGUUUUCAUUGAUAUGAGAGAGAGAGGAAGGGAGAGAGAGAGAUACAUUGAGGUGAGAGAGAAACAUCAAUCAAUUGCCUCCCAUAUGCACCCUGACCAGGGAUGGAUCUUGCAACCUGGGUAGGUGCCCUGACCAGGAAUUGAACCUUCGAUCUUUCUGAUGUAUGGGACGACACUCCAACCAACCAAGUCACACUGGCCAGGGCAAGUGACUUGUGUUUUGAUGACUCAAUAUCAUGUAGUUUGGUAGAUGAUCCUUCUGCUUCUCAUAUUAAUAAACUAAGCACUUUGUGCAACUAAUUACAUUUGUAUCGUGCCUCUUGUUUACAUCCAUACAAUAAGCAUU